AUGACCGCACCAGCAAAAGACUUCCACGGCUGGGUCGCCCACGACGCCAAAAGCCCUCUAACAUACACAACAUUCACCCCGAAACCAUUUACACCAACCGACAUCGAAGUCCGCGUAACCCACUGCGGAAUCUGCGGCACCGACAUCCACACCUUGCGCUCAGGUUGGGCCCCAGCCGACUAUCCCUGCGUCGUAGGCCACGAGAUAAUCGGAAUCGUCGAGCGCGUCGGCUCCGCCGUGCCAACCCUGCCCUCGUCUCCUGCCUCCCGAUCCAUCAAACUCGGCGACCGCGUCGGCAUCGGCGCGCAGAGCAUGUCCUGUCUCAAGCCCGAUUGUGAAGCCUGUGCCGACGGCCAGGAGAGCUACUGUGCCCGUAUGACGGGGACUUAUAACGGGCGGUAUGCGGAUAAGUCGAAAUCAUACGGCGGGUUUGCGGAGCGGUGGAGGGGGCCGGCGCAUUUCGUGGUGAAGAUUCCUGAUGCGUUGCCUUCUGCCGAGGCAGCGCCGUUGCUCUGCGGUGGUGUUACUGUUUAUGCACCGUUGAAGAAGUACGGCGCCGGGCCUGGGAAGACGGUUGGUAUUGUGGGGAUCGGGGGCCUGGGACAUAUGGGUAUUUUAUUUGCGAAGGCACUGGGUGCGGAUCGGGUGGUUGCGAUCUCGAGAUCGAGUAGUAAGAAGGCGGAUGCAUUGGAGGGGCUUGGGGGGGAUGCGUUCAUCGCGACUGGGGAGGAGAAAGGGUGGGCGAAGAAUCACUCGAGGACGCUGGAUAUUAUUCUGUGUACGGUUUCGGGCCCGGAUAUGCCUUUCGCGCAGUACUUGAGGUUGUUGAAGCGGGAUGGCACUUUUGUGCAGGUUGGGGCACCGGAGGAUGCGUUGCCGCCGCUUAUGGCUUUUUCGUUGAUUCAGAAGGGUGUCAAGGUUACGGGGUCGAGUAUCGGUUCACCGGAGGAUUUGAGACAGAUGCUGAAGCUUGCGGAGGAGAAGAGGGUGUUGCCGUGGGUUCAGAAGAGAGCUAUGGGGGAGGUUAAUGAGGCGUUGGUUGACAUGCAUGAGGGGAAGGCGAGGUAUAGAUAUGUGCUGCAGAAUGGGGAGGCGCAGGCGAAGCUGUAA